GAAUUCUGGCACUACGUUGAAUGAGAUUAAAGACAGUGAACACCCAUGUCUGGUUCUUGAUUUUAGGACUAAUGUUUGUGGUAUUUUCCCAUUUAGUAUAAAUGAUGGCUGUAGGGUUUUCAUAGAUAGCCUUGAUUAUGUUGAGUUGUGCUUUUUCUAUUCAUGAUUUCUCCAGGGACUUUUAAAAGUUCUUUCUGCAUCUACCAAGAUAAUCUCAUGGUUUUUAUCCUUGAUUAUAUUUACAUGUUACAUUAUACUUACUGAUUUUUAUGCAUGUUGAAACGUCCUUGAAUUCCUAUGAGGAAACCAAGUGCACUCAUAUUUCGCAACCAAGUGCGAAAUAUUUUUUCAAACAGGUUCCUGAAACUGGUUUUUGAGAAUUUCAUUGAUAAUUUUUUACAUUUCUAAACACUGGAGAAAUUAAUCAUAGUUCCUUUUUGUUGUGUCUGAAACUGUUAGCUGCUAUAUUCAAAUCAUAGUGAUGCUGGUUUCAUAGAAUGAGUUAGGAAGUGUUUCUUCUCUUUUCUAUUUUAUGGGAAAUUUUGAAGAGCAUUAAUGUUUUUUUAUAAAGGUAUGGUAGAAUUCAACAUUAAAGCUAUUGAGUCCUGGGCUUUUUUUAAUUAGGGGACAAUUACUGCUUCUGUUUUAUUGCUACACAUAAAUGCAAGUGCACUAUGCGUGUCUUGUGCUACAGAGGUCAGGACAAUGGCUUCAGAUCCGCUAGAACUGGAAGUUGUGGAUGUUAUGAGCAACUACAUGGGUGCUGAAACCAAACUCAAGUUUUCUGCAAGAGCAACAAAUGCUCUUAACUGCCACGCCAUCUCUGCAGCCCCACUACUUCUGGGUCUAGAUGAUCUACCUAUUGAAAAUGGGGUGUGGAAGCCACCCAUUAAAAUUUUGUCCAGACUUUAUUAUCCUCUUUUUUACAGGCUUCUACUUGGUUGGUAUGUAGUUUUCUGUCUGUUUACUCUCAGUUUGUAUUUUGCCAAUGAGGCAUGCUUCUUUUAGAUAGCAAACUGUGUGUAUUGAUCCCGUGAGGUAGUCUUCAUCUUUUAAAUACAUAAUUGAGGCCAUUUAUAUUUAUAGCUUUAAUCGAGAAACAUUUGCUGAUCCCUUUCAUUUUUGUUGUUUUUUUUUUUUUCUGUUGAAUUACUGUUUGUUUUUUUCUUAUUCAUCUCAGGAGACUCCUGCAUGACAGAGCUGGGCAGGUUUGUUUCUUUCUUAGUUAUGUGUUUGGUUAUUUGUCUCAUUGGUUUUUUUUUUUUUUUUGUUUUGUUUUGUUUUGUUUUGUUUUGUUUUUGUUUUCCUAUGCAUUUUACUUGUGACCAUCUUCUUUCUCUCUGUGUAGAAUUCUUUCAGAUAUUUUCCACAGCCUGAGAUCAGUGUUUAUGGAUGAUUACAUUGUGAUUCUCAUGUAAGCUUUUCUUCAUCAAUUUUGAAGGAUAGCUUUGCUGGAUGUACCAUUGUUGGUUGGUAGCCAUUUACUCUCAGAACCUGGAUGAAGUCAGUCUGUGUUUUUCUGGGUUUGAGCAUUCGGCUAAGUGGUCUGAGAUCAUUUUGAUGAGUUUGCUGUUGUAAUUGGUAUUUUUGUCUUGUGGCUGUAAAUAUUGUGUCUUUAUUCUGUAAUAAUAUAGAAAUAUUCUUUUCUGGUCAUGAAUGUUAGAGAUUUUAAAUAUAUCUUGUAUUGUGGUUUAUGCCUUUCCUUUGGUUUGUAAUAUCACUGAAUAGGUUUUCUGUGACUUUAGUUUAAAAUUCACCUCCUUCCACCAUGUAAUUCCUAAAUAUUUUGUUCAUGUUUCGGAAUUCCUAAAUGUUGUGGUCACACUUAUUUUUUUUUUGUUGUUGUUGCUGGUCGAAUGUUAUAGUUUCUAAACUUCCCCUUUUUUCUUUUCUUUUUCUUUUCUUUUCUUUUUUUUUUUUACAAUUCUGAUAUUCUUUCUUCUUCUCGAACUAGUCUGUAGUCUGUAAUGAUUUCCACUAUUUCGUUUUGUCAGCUUAUUGAUUUUUUUCAUUUAUGACAUUUCUAAUUUUUGCUGUUGUUCAUAUGGCUCAGAAUCUUAAUUUCCUUGCCUAAUUUCCUAUCCACCAAUCCCGUCUUGUUAUUCAGAUCCUGAACUGCCUCUCUUCCCGCAUUAGUUUGUUGGUUUUCACCCUCUUUGAACUUAACUCAUGAUUUUAAAAGUUCAUUUUCAAAUCCUUUGGUAUUUUAGUCACUUUAUUAUCUUUAGUUUGCGCUCUUGAGAUGUGAUAACUUUUAAGAUCAGUCAUAUUGCUUUCGAUUUUUCAUAUAUAAGUCAUGUAUUUCUGUUUUGAAAUUGAUAAAUUCAAACUGGAUGGCUCUGAGGGAGACAGUCCACCUCCCACCUUACUUUUUCUUUUUUUUUUAGUUGCCUUUUUUUUUUACAGUCCAGUCAUUACCACUCCCCCCAUCCUGUUGUCCCCUCCCACAGUUCCUCAUCCCAUUUCUCCCCCACCCCCCACUGUCUCCAAGAGGAUGUCCCCACCUCUCACUUCCCCACUCACUGGAGUCUCGAGUCUCUCAGGGUUAGGCACAUCUUCUCCCACUGAGGCCAGACCAGGCAAUCCUCUGCUGUAUAUGUGUUGGGGGCCUCAUAUCAGCUGGUGGAUGCUGCCUCACUGGUGGCUUAAGUCUGAGGAUCUCAGGGAUCCAGGUUAGUUGAGACUGCUGGUCUUCCUCCCACCUCAUUUCUGUUGAGUGGUUUGUUGUACUAUAGCACUCGUGAGACAGAAUCCACUCCUCUUCUCUCCCCCAUGGAACUACACAGGUUUACAGAAGUGACUGCUAAAUUAGUCAGCAGACGAAAGGCUCUUUCUGAAACCAUACAUCUGGCAACUUGUUUUAGAUUUGUUGAGAUGCAGAAUUGUGCUGUCUCCAAUCUACCAUCUUACAGUCUCCUGUUUGGUUCCCAGUCCUCUUCUGGGAAUGCAAAUGAGAAGCAACAGAAACAAGAGGCUCUGAUUGGUGACAUUAUCCACCCACUGCUGUCUGCCUUCAGACGUGAUCUCAGGACUUCAGGAGUCUGAAUUCCCACAGGCCCCUGAAGGCCUUUGUGUACUGCACAAUUGCUUCCUCAUACUUUUGUGUCUCAAAUUUACUGUACACAGAAGAAUUUCAGACCUUUAACUUCAUGUUAUUGAUUUCACUGCCUGGAAAGAUAAUAUUCGGGAAGUUUAACAGCAUGCCCUAUGUAAUCCAUUGAGAUUCAGAUGCCAUGGAUUGUCUUUGGACGCUCCACUGCCUUGAUAUCAUGUAGAUUCUCUCCCAGGGUGCCGGGUGAACUUCAAAUGACUCAGUUCAGAUAGAGGAGGAGAAGUGUGUCCAGGCUUUCCCCCACCAUCCUGUGUCUGCCUUGAACAGAUACAGAGUGUAUGGCAGCAGAAAGAUGUCUAAUUUCUAACAGAGGAGCAUCUGGAAAUGUCAGGAGAAAACCAGAGCUCUUUAGCCCACUUCCCUGGCCCACUGUCUUAUCACUAGCAUCUUUUACCAUAUCAUUAUCCCCAGGAGGCAGUGUCCCUGGUCAUUAACAGAUGGAGAGAUGGGGUUUGAGUUUUGAGUCUGAAGAAAUAACUGAAAUCCGCUUGUGCUUCACUUCCUGUAUCUGCACAGGUAGGGUGGAAAUUGCAGCCAUGGUAGGUUAAAUAAGCAACUCCUAAUUUAUGUUUUCCUGAUCUUUAUAGAACCUUAUUUGGAAAUACAUUAGCAACCCCAUUCCUGGGGCAACAUUUCAAGACACCUACUUGGUAUCUGAAAACUCAGAUAGUAUUAAACCUUAUUCAUACAUACAUGCAAACCUGCUUGUAAAUAGUUUACUAUGUGAAGCCAAUGCAGUGUGAAAUUAGCAGCAAUGAUAAAACAGAACAAUUCUAGGAACAUUCUGUAGUAGAAGUUAUGUGAAUGAGGUCUUUCUCUUCUAAAGCGCAUUAGUGUGUUGCACUUGCCUUGCUCUUGUGAUGAUAUGAGAGUGUGCAGACAUGAUUGAUGUUGUGUGAGGGAAUUGGCAUUGAUGCAUGCUGGUCCUUAGGGGUCAGAUGAACACAAGCAGUGUUAUAUGGCACCAAUCUAUCUCAUCACUGAGAGGACUUCUGAUUCUCCCUCUACAUAAGCCCUCCUCUACCUUUCUCCUCUACCUUUCUCUCUCACUCUUACCGUAUUUAACCCCUCCUGUUCCUUCAUUUCCAUUCUCCCUGUCACACCACCUGCAUUCUAUCCCCCUUUUCUUCUUUUUUUUUCUUUUUUCUUUUCAGAGCUGGGGACAGAACCCAGGGCCUUGUGCUCGCUAGGCAAAUGCUCUACCACUGAGCUAAAUCCCCAACCCCCUAUACCCCUUUUCUUGAACCCCUACCCACAACCCCUUAUAGGUUUCCUGGGUUCUGUGGUACUCCAAUUUAAACUCAUAUAUUUAAAUAUUUAAAGCUAACUUCCACAUAUGAGAAUAGGUGACACUUGUCUUUUGGGGUGUGGUUUCCUUCAUCAGAAUGAUUGUUGUCAGUUCGAUCCCUUUGCCUCUAAGUUUUAUCAUCUUAUUUUUCUUCAUGACUGAAUAACGCGCACGUGUGCACGUGCACGCACACGCGCACACCUCCCCCCCCCCACACAAUCACAUUAUUGAUUUGCUAGUUGAUGAACAUCUGGGUUGUUUAUUGUUCCUGGUUUUUGUGAAUAAAGCAUCUAUGAACAUGGAUAAGCAAGUAUCUGUAUAGUAAGAUAUAAAAUCCUUUGGGAAUGUUUCCAGAAGUGGUAUAGUAGCUGGAUCAUGUGGUAAAUCCAUUUCUAGCUUUUUUAGGAACCUGCACGAUCAUUUCCACAGUGGAUGUCCUGGCUUUUACUCUCAUCAUUAAUGGAUGUGUUCCUGUUUCCCACAUCCACACCAACAUUUGGCUUUUGUUUUUGUUUGUUUGUUUUAAUCUUAUCUAUUCUGAGUCAUGUAAGACAAAAUCUAGUAGUAGAUUCAAUUUGCGUUUCCCUGAUGGUUAACGGUGCUGACAAUUUUAAAAACCAUUUCUCAGCCAUUUGCAUUUCAUCUUUUGAGAAUACUUUUGGUUCCAUGCUCUAAUUUUUAAUUGGGUUAUUUGUUUUCUUGCUAUUCAAUUCUUUUGAGAUCUUUGUAUAUUCUAGGUACCAACCCUCUGUCAGAUGUAUAGCUGGUGAAGUCUUUUCCCCAUUCUACUGUAGGCUGCUACGGCUGCUACUUCACCCGAAAGAUGGUGUCCUUUGUGAAUAGAGGCUGUUUAGUUUCAUGAGGCCCAGUUAUCGAUUAUUGUUCUAGAUGCCUGUGUGGCCAGGUCCCUUUCAGAAAUUUUUUUUUCUGUACUUAGCAGCUGAACCAUUUCCAUAUUUGAUCUUCUAUCAGGUUCAGUGUAUUAGAUCAUAUGUAGAGGUGUUUGAUCCUUUGGAAGUUGAGUAUUUUGCAAGGUGAGACCAUUACUAUGCUAUUUCAUUACCACAGUUCUAUGAUGUCAUUUGAAACCAGAGACAGAGGUACCUCCAGCAAUGUUUUUACUGCUUGGGGUUGUUUUGACCUCCUUAGGUAUUUUGUCUUUCCAUAUGAGUUUUGAGAUUGUUUUUGCAGAUUCUGAGAAUUGCAUUGUAAUUUUGAUGGAGGUUGAAUUGCAUCUAUAAAUUGCUUUUGAUAGGAUGAUCAUUUUUAUGUCACCAGCCCUGGCAUGAGUGUGAGAGGUCUUUCCAUCUUCUAAGGACUUUUUUAAUAUCUUAAAUACAAUUCUUUCACAUCCUUGGUUAGGUUUUUUCCAGGAUCUUCUUUGAGACUAUUUUGAAUAGCAUUGUUUCCCUUAUUAUUUUUCCAGUACAUUUAUUCUUUUUAUAUAGGAAAGUUACCAAUUUUAUGUAUUAAUUUUGUAUCCUGCUACAUAUGUUGCUGAACAUAUUCAACAGUUAUAGUUUUCUGGUACAAACUUUAAGGUAUUUUUAUAAUAGUCAUAUCAUCUGCAAAUAAAGAUACUUUAUUUCCUCUUUUCCUAUUUGCAUCUGCUUUAUAUCUUCUUGAACUUGUCUUACGGCUCUAGCUAAGACUUCAAGCACUACAUUGGUCAAAAGUGGAGGGAGUCUUGUUCUUUACUGUAGUGAAAGUGCUUUGAGUUUUCCCCAGCUUAACAUAAUGUUGGCCAGGAGCUUGUUGUAAAUUGCCCUCAUUUUGUUGACAUACAUCCCCUAUAUCCCUAAUUUCUCCAGGUCUUUUUUCAUGAAGGCUGUUGAGUUUUGCACACAGUGAAAUGAUAAUAUGGCUCAUGUCCUUGAGACUAUUGCAUGGAUUAAAAUCAUUGAUUUACAUGCUCUGAGCCAUUCUUGAGUCUCUGGGAUGACAUCAGCUUCAUCAUACUGAGUAAUCUUUUAAAUGUCUCUUAAAUAUGGUUUGCAAGUAUUUCAUUGAGAAUGUUGGUGUCUAUAUUUAUCAGGGAGAUUGACUUAUAAUUCACUUUGGGUCUUUAUAUAGUUUAGUAUCAGGGCAAUACUGACUUCGUAGAGGGAAUUUGAAAGUAUUUUCAGGUUUGAGGGCUUGGUAGAAGGAUUUUAAGAGCCAGAGGCAGUGGCCAUCUUCAGGGAAACAGUAUUUCCAAAGCCAGAUAGCGCUGCUGCACUCGUGAACUCACAGCACCUGUGACCGCAUCCAGAAGAUCAGCACAAGACCGAGCCAAUCAAAUCCCCAGCAUGGGUGGGGGAGAUGUUCACAACGCAACCGCCUCCCAUCUCUGGGAAGUAAUGGCUGUUGGGAAGAGUCAGUUUUCUUCAAGAAUGUGUUUCCUGAAUGCUAUCAUGCUCCAGUAAACUGUCGUACACCCAUAUACAGUAUGCAUCGUGCAGAAGCGAGACACAAAGAAGAUGUAUGCCAUGAAGUACAUGAACAAGCAGAAGUGCGUGGAGAGGGAUGAGGUGCGCAACGUGUUCCGGGAGCUGCAGAUCAUGCAGGGAUUAGAACACCCCUUCCUGGUGAACCUGUGGUACUCCUUCCAGGAUGAGGAAGACAUGUUCAUGGUGGUGGACCUGCUGCUGGGCGGGGACCUGCGCUACCACCUACAGCAGAACGUGCACUUCACAGAGGGAGCCGUGAAGCUCUACGUCUGUGAGCUGGCCCUGGCACUGGAGUACCUGCAGAGGUACCACAUCAUCCACAGAGACAUCAAACCAGACAACAUCCUGCUGGAUGAGCAUGGGCAUGUGCACAUCACGGACUUCAACAUCGCCACAGUCCUGAAAGGAACUGAGAAGGCUUCCUCCAUGGCUGGCACAAAGCCCUACAUGGCUCCUGAAAUCUUUCAGGUGUAUGUGGAUGGAGGCCCUGGGUACUCAUACCCCGUGGACUGGUGGUCCCUGGGUGUCACAGCCUAUGAGCUGCUACGAGGCUGGAGGCCAUAUGAAAUCCACUCGGCCACACCCGUCGACGAGAUCCUCAACAUGUUCAAGGUGGAACGUGUCCACUACUCCUCCACGUGGUGUGAGGGGAUGGUGGACCUGCUGAAGAAGCUGCUGACCAAGGACCCCGAGAUCCGUCUGUCCAGCCUCCGUGACAUCCAGAGCAUGACCUACCUGGCUGACAUGAACUGGGAUGCAGUGUUCAAUAAGGCGCUGAUGCCUGGCUUUGUGCCCAAUAAGGGGAGACUGAACUGUGACCCCACAUUUGAACUUGAAGAGAUGAUUCUAGAAUCCAAGCCGCUUCACAAAAAGAAGAAGAGGUUGGCCAAGCAUAGGUCCAGAGACAGCACGAAGGACAGCUGUCCCCUGAAUGGACACUUGCAGCAGUGUUUGGAGACAGUGCGGAAGGAGUUCAUCAUAUUCAACCGAGAGAAACUCAGGAGGCAGCAGGGACAUGAUGGUCAGCUCUCAGACCUGGAUGGCCGAGUAGGAAACCAGACCUCGAGCAAGGUGCAAGACGGUCGAAACAACAACAUCCUGACCCAUACAUGCCCUCGAGGCUGCAGCAGCUAAGCUCGCCUGCCCAGAUGGCACCCAGAACCCCUCCUCUGUCCCCUGAUGGGCCCCGUCUCACCCCUAAAACAUCAGAUGCAGAAAGAGCUCUGGUCCCUGUUUCCAGCUGAUUUGCUGUGUGACCUUGAGCAAAUCACACAUUCUCUGUGCCUCAGUUUUCUGCAUCUGUGGAAGGGGUUAAACAGAUCUCUGUCCCGUCUCCAGUCAUGCAUUUGUGAGAAUCUGGUUGGACUGCAAAUAUGUAAACUCCUGGGCAUUGAUCUAGUGUUUAUACAUGUAAAAUGUCUCAAUAUUUGAAGCAUCCUCCCUAGCCCCCUAAACAAUUUAAACCAUGAAAACAUUGCAGUUUGGCCCAUUCUAGCUUGUUUGAUGGUAUUUCCAACAUAAAUAGCUGACAUGUUUGCCCUUCCUGUGAGACUCCCAGGUCCUAAAAUAACCAGGAAGAGUCAUCCACAGACUUCCUGGCCAUCUGGAAUGGUGCAGCCUAAAUACCAAACCCAGGGGUUCCUGCUGCAGACAUGCUUUUCCCUGACUCAUGGAAAGCUGCUCCCACCUUCGGGUUUCAGCCAUCACCAGCUCUCACAGUAUCCCCACAUCCCUGUGCUGGAUGGCACGCAGGUGCCUCUGGCCAUUCCCCUUCCCACUGAAUGUCAUGAGGUCCCAGGGAAGACUCAUCCUGCAGCAGAACCUCCAUCCCCACCAUCCUUCCAGGUUUUCCUUCCCAGGAAGAAUUUAAAAUAGUCCAGCCUGUCAUGCAAAGGCUCCCUGGCAGGGCAGUCAGAGCUUUCUGUUGAUACCUUAAGAAGCCUUGGUGCUUAAAGUCUAUUGGCGACAGAAACAGAGUCACCCAAGAAGCAAAGCAUUUUGUGCCCUGGUCAGGGACUAGCUGACCCUUGAGCUGAGGAUGCUGAGGUUAGCAAAGAAAGCCAGUUACUGGUUACCAGCUGCAGCCAAGACUGGAAGACCUCUGCAAGUCAUGUGAUUGCUCAAAGGUCAACUUCCUCAUUUUCAAACAGGAAGGAGAAGGAUGGCCUUGCAGAGUUGUUACGGGGCUUGAUAAGAUCCCACAUAUCACACAGCGAUGACUGACAGCCAGCAGCCAUUGGCCAUCACUCUUAUCCUCUUCUUUCUCCUCUUCCUUCUCCUCCUCCUCCUCCUCCUCCUCCUCCUCCUCCUCCUCCUCCUCAGCACCACCACCACCACCUUCUCCUCCCUUUUCUUCUCCAUCCCUCCUCCUCCUCCUCUUCCUCCUCCUCCACCUCCUCCUCCUCCUCCUCCUCUUUUUCCUCCUCAUAUUUAUCCUCACCACCAUCAUGAUCACCAUCAUCCUCUGUUGGAAGUACUUUCUUGUUUUGGCGACAUAGCAGGUUCGUUUUCUGUGGGCCAAGGAUCCUCCAAGUUUACAGUUUGUUUCUUCUUCUUACCUGGCGCCUCUGAGGUCUGGACAUCCCUGCUGAGAUCAACUGUCUUCGCUUUGGCAUCUGUUUCCAUUUCCCACUUUCUCACCAUGAUUCGCGUCUGUCAGUGUCAUUUCUUGAGAGACAUUUUGAUGUAGAGAAGGUUUUACACUUUUCAAAUAACAGCAUUGUACACCCCCCCUAACCGAGUCCCCCCUCUAUGUCUAUCUCCUGCCCACUCGACUGUCUCCAAGCCCUGUCUGUCCUUCCUGUCCUCCAGAAACCCCCAGCUGCUCUUCUCUACACUGUGACCUGGAAGCAUUGCAAUUUCUCCUUGGGGUGAGCUUGUGACUGAGAAGUGGUGGUGAAGGGGGAGUAGCAGGUGGGGAAACCUGAUUGUUUGGCUCUGUUUAAGUCCAUGUUCCUUGUUAAGAAUAAAUAAGCACUCGGA